CAGGCAGUUGCAGCUUCAUUCAGCAGCAGCUGAGACAACCACCGCCUGCCUUAAAAUCAUCCAUGGAAACUACUGUGCUUCAGGCCGGGGAUUGUAAACCCCCCAGCGGGCGAAAAAUGAAGGCCCGUGCUCCCCCUCCACCAAACCAACCUCCUAUAGCCUGUAAAAGCAAUAAUGGACACAAUUUAACCACAGACCUUGGAAUGCUGCCUGAUCAGGGUGCGAUAAAUAUGAAGGAAAAUCUGAUUAGCAGAAUGGUGGACGUCACAGUGAUUUUUCCAGAUGGAGAAGAACAGAAUAAUACUGUGCAGGGGAGUAAAGCUGUGAUGGACCUGUUAGUUGACUUGUGCAGCCGGCACCACUUAAAUCCAGCCCACCACACUCUUGAGCUGCAUUCUUUGGGGACUCAACAGCCUUUGAAUUACAAGCCAAAUACUUUGAUAGGGACACUGGAUGUACAAAAGAUACUUCUGAAGGAGAAAGUUCUUGAAGGAAAGACUAAGCGGCCACCACCCAGGAUUCCUGAGAAAACCGUGAGGCUGGUAGUAAAUUACCUCAAGACACAAAAGGCAGUGGUUCGAGUGAGCCCCGAGGUGCCCCUCCAGAGUAUAAUCCCAGCCAUUUGUGAAAAGUGUGAGGUCAGUCAGGAAUACCUUGUCCUCUUGAGAGAUACCUUCAGUGGGGAGGAGUUGGAACUUACAAAAUCAUUGAAUGAACUGGGGAUAAAGGAGCUCUAUGCAUGGGACAGGAAAAGAGUUCUUCCAUCAAAAGCUCAAUCUGAACCUUCUCUGAACUAUAGAGAAACAAGAAAUUCUUCAACAAGCUGCGAUACAACAGAAAAAGAAAAGAAACGAUUUCUGGGAUUUUUCAAGACUAAUAAAAGAAACAGUAAGGCUGAAGAGUACUUGACAACGAGGAUGGAUGAGGUUUGUGGCAGUGAAGAGCCUUUUAAAUCCACAACAGCAAGUGAACAGAGCAUAGAUGGAAUUACAACAACUCUAAAUUCUCCGUCAGUGAAUUCGUGUUCUGUUACGUUGGGUCCAUCUCUGUCUCUUGGGAACAUCUCAGGAAUGACUGGGAGCACUGAAAUAAAAAAGCGGAGAGCACCUCCUCCUCCCAUGGUGAUUCCUCAGCUGCAGAGUGGGGAGCCAAAUGGAGAAGAACAAAUGCUGAGUCAGAUGUCCCAAAGUUCUUUGCAGAAUGAGUUGCAGAAGAAAAAGAGACGUGCCCCUCCUCCACCGACUCCUACAAUGCCAAACAGGACAGAAGAAAUGGAAGACAAAAGGAAAAGCACAGUUGGUAAUGGACGGCAUGUGCCACAAAAGCCUCCUAGAGGCAACACGCGUGGUUCACCCCAGUUAGUGAUUCCCCCACCCCCACCAUACCCUCCUCCUGAUACAGAUACUAUGGACCCAACUGAAUUGUACAGUGAAGCAGAUGUUACAGACCCAACCAAGCUGGUACCUAAACGCAACUUACAGCUUUCACAUGAUAUUCCUAGCAUGGAUGAUGUAGAUCUGUCUGAAAUAGAAGAGACCACUUCUGUUAGCAGCUGCUUUGCAUCAGAGGACACCACUGAAGAUUCAGGUGUUAUGAGUUCCCUUUCUGAUAUUGUAUCAUUGGAUUCUCAAAAUGACAGUAUGAGGUCAAGAGAGAAGUCAAUUGGUGCACAAGAGACGUUGGCUGAAAUGGAUUCCAUGUUUGUUGCAGAGUCUAGUUCUGUAAGGAAUAGUUCCUUCAACAGUGAUGGGUCUGGAAAUAGUCAUCAAAGGGAUGAUGACAAAAUGAUGGAAGCUACGUUUGAGAAUACAGAUGUGUUCAUUGCUGCUCAGCUGCAACAGACCCUGGAUGCAUUGGAUGAAGAUCUAGCAGCGAUGGAAGGUCUACAUGAUGAUUCUGAAAGCAGAUCUGUAUCGAGUGAGAUGAAUGGUGCAUCCAGCCCUCUUCCACAAAAUGAUGAGGCUGUCCAAGGUGUUUCACUUCCUGUGCCAGUGACAAUCAUAGAUGAAGUUCUAGAAGAUGAUAUCACAGUCCACUCUGAUAGAGAGAAAGGAACCCCAUUGUUUUCCAUGACAGAUGAUAACGAAGAUAUUCCAGUCCAUUCCAUCAGUCCAGGGAAGCUGACCAAUGAAAACAGUAAUACUAUAACUUUCAGUAAGGGAUAUGUAGAUGGUGAAUGUCCAUAUUUAUCCAAGAGCUUAUUACAACAGCAGUCACCUAAAGAAGAGUUUGGGCACCAAACUGAAGAAGAGCAGAAAUAUGAGUUUGAGACACACACAUCCUCAUGUGAAAAAAUGCCCAAGAAGGAUGCAGCCCUGGAAAUCAUCUCCAAAAAUGAGGUUGAUUCUGAAGAAUCCAGUGCCAAGGUGAUUGUUUCUAAUGUCAGGCUUAUGAAUGAAGUUAAUGGAACAAAGGAGAAAGUAAGGCCAUUGAAAGAGGUAAAUACCAACGAAGGGUUUCCAAGCAAAUUUAAAACUGAAUUGGAAUUCAGGCAUGCCUCAGCAAAAGCCCGUGAUGAGAAGGAUCAUGCACCUCCACCAUCUCUAUGGUGUCAUCGUGUUCACAAUGGAGUUACAAACUAUGAACCUAAAAUUGGCCUGACAACCUUUAAAGUUGUUCCUCCCAAACCUGAAGCAAAAUAUUUUGACAGAGAUGCAUCCCUCUCCACUGGUGCCAUUAAAAUAGAUGAGUUAGGCAAUCUGGUGACUCCAAAUGUUGGUGGUAUUAGAAAUGUCACAGUAAAUACGACUUCAAGUGAAACAGAAAAAACUGUCAUUGAGAGAGCAAAGGCAUACUGGAGGUCUAGUUCUAUGGAAAAACAAUUGGAGGAGUCCCAGGUAGGCUAUUCUGCUAAGCCAGUGAUCAUCCCCAAUUCCAAACCCCUCAGUAAAAUAUCCCAAACUAAACCUGAAUGCCUUACAAGUCUGAAAGUAGAAACAUCACCACUAGUUGGUUCCAGUGCGGUUGGAAGUAAUGUUGGGACUGAAAAGACAAAGCCACCUGUUCAUGUCGCACAGUCUUUGGUGAAAACACUAACAGCUCCAGUGGUCAACAAAGAUAAGGUGGAGCUCCCAUUUCAGAAGCCCCAAAGAAGAACGUCAAGCCUUUAUGUAGCCUCUGCCAUUGCAAAGUGCAUUGAUCCAUCCCAAUUUAAAACCUACCGAGAAAGGCAUGACAAAGGAGAAGAGAUGAGUAAUGAAAAAGGGGUAAAUGCUGAAACAGAACCACUUCCCCAAAGAUGUACUGUUACGGCCAAAUACUGCACAGUGGAAACACAGCCCACAAAAACAAAGGAAUCUUAUUCAAAUACCUUCAACUGCAGUAAAAAUAUAUCACAUACACUACCACUUGGUGCUCAUUCCAGGCUGACAAAUAACACUGCCAACAUCAGAUCACAGAAUCAAACCAAGCCUACUAAUUGCUCCAGUGAGCCAUUUACCACAUUAUCUUCUAAAGACUGUGGUAUCAUAAGAGGGGACCCCAGUUGCGGUUCAAUACAAAAUAUAAUUGUUAGAGAAAUGCCUUCUGUAUUGAAUCAAAUGAGGGAGCAGGUUGAUCAUACAAGCCCUGCCUUCCUUCUUAGAUCAUCUAAUGCUCACACAUCCCCCAUCACUUUCAGCUCCUCUGUGAAUUCAAGUAGGGGGCGUCCUAUUAACAGUGGCUCAGAAUUAAAUGGAACACUUACGGCUAACCACGUGGUUUCAGAAAAAGAUGAAAAACUUGGCAAUGCACCUAGAAGGAAUGAACCAGAGUCUGAUAUUAAAGAUGACAACCUCUACAAUGUUUUUGGGCCAAAAAAGAAGUUUAAACCAGUCAUCCAGAAACCACUUCCAAAAGACACGUCACUACAUAGUGCUUUAAUGGAAGCCAUUCAGACUGCAGGAGGAAGAGAAAAUUUGCGAAAGAUUUCACCCAGCGCAAUAAAUGGAGGUCAGAAGACGCCAUUGUUUACGGAACCAGAGAAUGAGCGCUCUGCCCUUCUUGCUGCCAUUAGAGGUCAUAAUGGAACCUCAAAGUUGAGAAAAAUCUCCUCAUCUGCUUCUGAAGAGCUGCAGAGUUUCCGAAAUGCAGAAGGAGCCUUGCAAAACAGAGCAACCUCUACAACAGAGCAGCAGUGCAAUCCACCGCCACCUCCUUUGCCACCAACUCCUGCUCAGUUGAGAACGAAAACUCCUAGGUCUUUUGCAAAUAGAGUAACAGACAACCAAGUGGAUGCAAGGCAGGCCCUAAUGGAAGCUAUCCGCUCAGGCAGUGGGGCAGCACGUUUAAGAAAGGUUCCUCUGCUUGUUUGAUCACUAGAUGGCUCCAGUUAUCGUUUCUAAUGUAAUUUCACACACAUCCUUAUUGGUUGGAAUGGACAACCAUAAUGAAAAAUUCCAAGUAGUAUAUAUUUUCCCCUGUGUUUACAGGCCAAUCUAAGUUGUAUUGUCUGUGUGCUCCUCUUUAUUUUUUAAUUGGUUCGCAAGUUGAUACACAGCUUCUGUGCCAAGGAUUUUGGGGUUGCCUACCUCCAAAUAGUUAAACCGUGCCAAGAAAACUAUCCUUACUGGCAGGUUAAUAAGCUUAUGAACACUUUAUAGUUCUGCAUAAAUACUUAAAUGUGUUUAUGGGAAAAAACCAAGCACUUUUUGCUGUGUAUCUGAAGCACAACAUUCUUUUCUUCAUAAGCAGUUUAAAAUAUGUAGCUUUUCUGAACUAUUUAGUUGACUCUUACUUUUUUCUUUCUAAAUGCAAAAGCAAUUAAAACUCCAAAGUGCAGACUAUAUAGAUCUAUACAAAUUAAUAGCAAGGGGGGGGAACUUAAUGGCCUAAAUUGCCAUAUGCUGAAGUCACUGUUUUUUCUAGUCUUGCAAGUUUUAUUAACUUUAACAUUCCAGCUAAGCAAGUAAUCACUAGAGAUCCAGAGAGAGAGGAUCCAUUUGACAGGGUAGUCUAAGGGGUAUAAGUGCAAAAUGCUUAUAUCUACAGAUGUGCUCAACUCCCAAGGAGAAAUGAUGGUAGUCUCCAUGCUUAGGGCACAGUCUACCAGGAACGUCUCUUGCAAACAAAUCCUGUUGAAAUGAAUGGGAGCCCCAGAACACAAUAGUACUCUUGCAAAGCUCCCAUUCUUUUCAAUGGAGCUUGUAGAAGAGAAUUUUCCAGUCGAUUGUGCCCCAAGUCAAAAGUAUAACUAAAAGUGCUCUUUUAACUGCUUCCUAGGGACUGCUGGUUGCAUUUUUUCCCUUCAAAACUGUUACUAGUGGGUCACAAUUCCACCCCCUUCCACUCGGUUCACAUUCAUCCCAUGUAUUAGGAGUGAACCCAGUUAUCAUGGAUCAAGCCCUGAGCAUGUUUAAAUGGCAUUAUCUUUUCUUCUUCUUUUUUUAAUUUGAGCUACAUUCGUAGAUGAUGUACAUAUUUUGAAAAUAUUUUGUUAAAAAUUAACAAAGAAUUAUGAUGGUCUUGGUUUUUCACAUUUAUGUUGUAUGUUUUUGAAGGAUUCUUAAACUGCACCUUCAUACAUACAUUUGGUUUAAUAAUCACAGUCCAAAGUAAUGAUGCUUUAGUACUAAGAAUUUUAAAGGUACUAUGUAAUAUUGCUAACCUUUUAAAGUGUACUAUUAGCCAUCUACAACCCAUUGACUGUAUAUUAUAUACUGUAAAAACUAAUUUAAUUUAGUGCCACGAAUAAAAUAAAUGCAAAAUUUAGAUGUCACCUUUGCCUCACUGUUGUCUGAGUGGGACUGGCAAAAGAUGUUGGAGGCAACAUUGCUUGUGGUGUCUUCAUUCAUCCCACUGUUAUCCCUGGAAAAAAGGUUUUGCAAGUUUUCAUAAUGAUGCAAAACCUGUUUGACCAGGAUGACUUUACAAAACACUCCUGUGAAUACAUAAGAGUUCCAUCACACCAGCGAUUUAUCGCAUACUCGCCAUGCCUGGUAUGCGGUUUUGCACAUGACAUCGUCCAUGCUUGCACUCAUUUUGCCUCUUCCCCUCCACGUUUUGUUUCUUUUUGGAGCGGGAAAAGCCUGGAUUAUUUUCCCUCCAUGCGAAAUAAAUGUGCUGCUCCCUCCCAUGUAUUGCUGUCAUUGUGUUCUAUCCAACGUUCUUUGUUGGGGGCGUGUGUGUCUAACAGUGGUCUCGCUAACAAAAGAGGAGGGAGGGGUGGUUCUCCACCCAACCGUGAAGGGGGAGGGAGAGAGGUCCCAUUUAAAUCUAUGUUCUUACUCCUGAGUAGGCAAGACCAGGGGUACAUUUUUCACCUUAAAAGAAAUGUGGAAAAUGCACCCUCCUUGCCUGCAGAUCGCUAUUUUAUUAACCUGGAGAUGCAGAGCUUUGCAUGAUCAAAGUAAAGGAAAAUUGAUCUAAUGCAAAGAGGUGGAAUUUCACACUGAUGGACUUUUGCACUGGUGGGCUUUCACAAAAAUGGGUUUAGGGGGGGGAAUUAAAAAAUCCCUAAAAAAAUCAAGGCAUGAACCAAUCUGAUUCAAAUUUGGCAUGGCUAAAGCCCUCCUUAAGAACUAUCACCAUUCCAGUUUGAUCUCUUUAUCUUUAAAACUUAUGCAGAUGUAAGCAUUUUGGUUACCUUGGAGCAAAGGAGGGGACCUGACUACCUUUACAAAAGAAAUUAGUUAAAAUGAUUGUUCAUCUGCCCACCCUUUGAAAUGAGCAAAACAAACCUUCGCUCCUCCUCCGCUAUAAACCUUUCCCAAGCCAAGGGGCCGCAACAGUCUCGGCCCAUGUGCUCUCUCCUGCUUCCUACAAAUGGCCUCCCUUCCUUGGAGUUUGUUUAAUAUGAUCUUAGGGGAAAGUAUAGUGAGUUGUUUUACUGUA